AUGGUGAACGAAACGAGGGAUUAUGUUAGCGUUGGAAUUCUUUUCUUUAUUAAUUUGAUUAAUAAUGUCGACAGAUUCACAAUAGCCGGAGUUCUUCCGGAUGUGAAGGAUUAUUACAAAAUUAAUGAUUCGAUGGCAGGAAUGAUACAAACGGUUUUCUUAAUAUCAUAUAUGAUAGGAUCGCCAAUAUGUGGUUAUUUAGGAGACAGAUUUAAUCGGAAGUAUGUAAUGAUGACCGGAAUGAUUAUAUGGCUCGUUUGUGUCUGCGCUUCCACUUUCAUUCCAAGAAAUCUUUUCCCAGUUUUUCUCGUCGUUCGAUCUCUCAUUGGAAUUGGUGAAGCAUCUUAUGUGAACAUUUGCCCUACUAUGAUCUCAGACAUGUUUACUACAGAUAAGCGUCCAAGAGUUUACAUGUUGUUUUAUCUCGCAGUACCAGUAGGAAGUGGUCUUGGGUAUAUUAUAAGCGCAAAUGUUGCGGCAGCAACGGGUUAUUGGCAAUGGGGAGUUCGAGUUACGGGAGUAGCAGGAGUUCUCGGAUUAAUUCUUCUAUUUUUGUUCGUUUAUGAACCAGUACGGGGAGCUUCUGAAAUGGUCGAAGGAAAAACAAGUGCGAGAAAAAGUACAUCGUACAUCAAAGAUAUCAAAAUCCUUCUGAAAACGCCCACAUACAUUUUGACCACGUUGGCAUAUACGGCACUUGUAUUUACAAGUGGAACUUUGACCUGGUGGAUGCCAACCAUUAUUCAAUAUAAUAUUGCAUGGACGCGUGGUUACAAGAACAUUCAAGAUUUGUCCCCAAAAGAGAAAAACCAGUAA